AUGUCGCAAUCAACAACACCCAGCAAGAGCGAAGCAUCAAAUUCUUCGUUGACCCAUCCUGUGAGCUCCCUCGAAUUGUACUUUUCAGAUAAUUUCAUGGAAAAUGAGCCCAUGUAUCGAGUGUUUGAAUUUCCGGAGGGUUUUGAUAUUGAAAGUUUUUUAAACGGAAUUAAUCCUUCGGCUCAUGAUGAAAAUCAAAUGCAGGAUGACAACGAUGAAGAGCUUUUGAAAAUGGAAAAUAAUGUAGAAGAUUUACCGAUUGCUUUUUAUAUUAAAGGAGAGAGAACAGCUCCUGCAAUUUUAUGUACCGAUACCAAUAGUUUUGAUCUCACAAAAGUUGAUACCUCCAAUACAGUAUUGGUUUUCGAUCCCAAUAGUGGAGAAAUUCAUGGAAGAGUGUCUUGCACUUAUGAAAUUACACCAACUAUUGUCCGUGUGAGGGAAGAAAUUGAAAAAGUUCUUCCUUUCUACCCAAAGAAUGGUUUGAGUGAGCUCUCAAAGUCUUCAGCAAACUCUGGGAAUGUUAAAUUUCGUUCUGAAAAUCAAAAACAUGCAAUGACACUAGAGGAAUUGGAGUCUUGCAUUAGGGCGAGUCGUCAAGAAAUUUUCGAUUGUCUUGUUCAUGAAUGUAAUGCAGUGUGUGAUGAUGAAACUCAACGGUGGUACUUGUUGGAUCAAAAGUUGUUCUUUCAAAUUUAUGAAUUACUGCUCUUGACCUUGGCAGAGACAUCCUUUUCUGAUAAGCUUAUUCUUGAUCGAGAAUCAGUUAUCACAGAAUUAAGUCAAGAUUAUGAUUCUGUUUUGCUUCAACAUUGUCUUCAGUUAAUAUCCGUAAGAGAUACGAAUAACCAACAAUCACUUAAUUUAUUCUCCAAUACUGUAGAGAUUGAUGUAGACAAAAUUUGUGUUUUCAAUGCAAUUUCACUCUUCUCUUCUCAUAACAAGUGGCGACUCCAAGAUUUUCAGAAUACUUGGCAUGAAUCUUUGAGCUCUUUCCAUCAAUUACAAGGCUUCAAAAAUCCUGAAAUUUCCUCUCUCAUUUCACAAGGAUACUGCAUUACGGUGGAAGAAGAAAAGAAUGCAUCUCAAGAUAAUAUUAUGAUUUAUUUCCUCGAUCGACGAUCACUGCCAGCUCAAUUCAAAGAACGUCUUGCAAGAAUGUUCAACUGCAAACCCAAAUGGACAUUUAAUGAGCUAUUGAUAUAUCUUGCAGAAUUGUUCCCCGCUUCAAAGAACGAAUCAUCUCUCCAUCAAGAAAUGGAAGCCAUGCUCCGUAAACACUGUAAAGUUCAACAAAAUCCACUCAAAAAAGAAAAAUACUACAUGAUGAAGUAA